AUGCCGAAACGCAAGACAUCGAUGCCGGAACCCAAAGCGAAGGCAAAGGCGAAAGCUUCACCGUCCCUUCCUGCGAUUCCACCAGAUUCGGCCAAACUUCCUCAUAUGAAAUUGUUGAAUGAAUGGGAUGAAGUGCUUCGGGAACAUGGUGCCCUGGACCUCUAUUUGAACAAGAUGCUGGACACCAAGGACAGCCGCCAAGUGGUCGUCACUGAAAACUGCGCAAAUUGUGCGCGCAGCCAGGAGAAAUGCAUUGAGUUCUACAACUUCAUCGAGGAAAAAUAUCCACCAGUCUUUGAGUCUCGUCUACUGCACCAAGCAGAAUGCAGAGCUGGCAAGUACAAUCUCAACCCACCGAGGCGCCCAAACUGUUUCAAUUUGCUCCAUCAAAUGGAGAUUCUCAUGCGCGAUGGGUGCACUACAGAAUCCGCUGUGGAGGGACUUGAGGCCUUGGACUCGGCAUCAUCUGUGGCGGCUGCCUACUCGGUUGGUCGCACCGAGGAACAGCUUCAGCGUACUUGCAGCAUCUUCCUGGCGUGUUUGGCCAUGUUUGGGGCGUCUGUGCCCACUGGGUACAUGGCAGAAGUGAAGGAUGAGAUCAUGUCAACGUUUGUGAAUCGUCACGCAGAUGCCGAUUUGAUGAACCUUGUUCAGACUUCGGCUCCACCAUGUGAUUUGUCCAAGAUCGACUUGUUCAAAAACCACUUGGGUAAGUUCCAAAAGAAGGCUGGGGUGUACUGUCAACAUGUUUCCAUGAGGCUGGAGGCCGCAUUGCUACAAACGACAUGGUCUCAAACAGAGCUGACCAUCCAGAGUGACAUCAACGCGUUGCGGGGUUGGGCGGACAAAUUCAAACUGUUCGCGAACCAGCAGGGUUGGCUCGAUCUGCAGUACCUUGCCAGUCGCUAUGAGAAUGGUAAGAAGGCGGUUGCAGACUACAUGGCCCGUCGCCACACCUUUGGCGCCUUCAAGAACCUGAUGCUGUCGCAGGGUGAGAUCGUGUCGAAGCAAGCUGCGCUGGGAAAAUCGGCGUUGCAUUGCAAAGCUGCUUUGCAGAACUCGCAAAUGCAUGUGGGCAAGGAUCGCAACGAUGAGAGCUUCUGGAUCAACGAGACCGGUGAGAAUGAGUCGAUCUCAGCCCGUGAGCUUUUUGGGUUCAAUGUUGGCUCAUUCAAUGAGUUGACAACAGGAUUUGACGGGGUGAUUGAAAGUAACCAACCAUUGAGUCGUGCGCCACUGAAGGUGAAGCCCGAUGCUAAAAUCUCCGAAGAUGACUUGGAACAGAUUGCCGCUGCAGUUCGAGAUGAGCUGGUUCGAACCAAAGGUGACGUGUCAGCGGCGAAAGCUCUCCAGGAGUCCAUGUCGGCUGAAGCCAAGCUCAAGGCCCGCGAGGAUCCACCACCUGACAAGGGCGAAGCUGCAGCGGAGACAAAGGAUAAGACCGCGGUGGUGAGCGCGGCAAUGGAGCCCGCGGCAGUGGAGCCAACGGCAAUUGAUGGUGAGGGAUGUGAGGGAGAGGAGGAAGAGGCAAUGGCUCUAGAUAGCGUUGUGGAGGCACCUAUCGUGAGGGCCACCUACCAACUGGAAGGCCAGGUCCAUCGCAAUUUCCUUUCAUUGUGCAAGAACUAUGAGUUCGCCGACGGCCUGACCAAGGUGGACAAAAAGCUCAUGUACAUGUUCAGGGCAUGGCUCGAAAGUCCGAUGGCUGUCUUGGUCGAGCAUCCUGAGAACGCCACCGUUUUGGCGAGGCGCCUGUCGGCCGACACGGGAUCGUGGCAUCGGUCGGCCGCAUGGAGAACGCCAGUGGCGCAAGGCUUGGGCUAUCGAGCCUCGAAAGACCUAGAGGAUUUGGUCCCCAGCAAGGCUGCAGCUGGGAGGUCUGGGGCGAACGCGUGGUGGGACAACACCACGGGGAUGGAUGGAUUCAGGUUUUUCUUUGAAGUCUUGAGCGGUGGGGAGGUUGAAGAGGUAGGUGACUUCUUUUUGCCCGAAGAGCUUGAGGGCAAACGUGUGUCGGGCACACCCGGUGGUGUAGCAGUGCAGAAGAAUGUCUAUCGCUAUAUGCUCCAGCAUGUAACGAAGGACGAAGUUGGAAAGAAGGGUUGGACCUAUGAGCCGGAGAUAGACCUGCUCUUCACAGGCCUUUUGCGGCUCUUGAGCAGCGUCCAUCAGGCUCAGCAGACCUACCUCCCGCGCUCCAUGCGAUCGGUGGGAUUCUAUCAAGAGGCGUUGGUGCUGCUUUGGCACGUCUUGACGCUGAACUCGAACUUCACCAAGCGAGUGGUCGAGCGACACGACACCAACGAGUUUCUCUUGUCCCUCAUGUAUUUGCUACAGCAGGCACGGGCCUCUGUGCACUUGAUUGGCUUGGAACCCAGAGAGUCUCCACGGGCCUCUGCGUGCUUACUGCACACGGCCUCCUUCGUUCUCCUGGUCCUCUCUUCGGAGCGCGCCUUCGCGGUGCGGCUCAACGACCCGUACGUGGCAAAGAAGGUUCCCCUGGAGAUUCCCGCCUUCCACGGAAACCACGCUGAUGUCUUCGCGCUCUCCUUGUACAAGGUUUCGUCCGGCUUCAAAGUCAUUUCAGAGAGCCUUCCCAAGACGCAGAACGACGCCUUGGUGGAGAUGCUCUUGACUGCCCUGUGCAAUGUUUCUCCAUAUGUGAAGUGCUUUUGCUUAGAGAGGCUUGCAGUGAUCCCACUGCAGGGCAUGGAUAUCUUCUCCUUUGGACUGAGUAGGCGCGACGACGAGGGUACCCUCAACAGCCUUCGAACCUGUCUUCACUGCAUCGACGAGCCUUGUGGCCAGCAUUUUCCGGAUGAGCUCCGUGUCGAGCGGGCCCGCAGCAAUGUGUUCACACAGCAGCGCGAUGUAGCCGAGCAGCACCGCAGCGCCGCCGAGCAGCGACCGCGCCUGAGGCAGGAAGUGCAAUAUCAGUACGAGGCCAGGGCGGCGUUGGGCGACCUCGCCAGCCGUUGGGGAAACACCAUGAUGGUCUAUGCCAUCUUGCGGCAAGCAGAGGCCUUCUCUAAGAUGGAGAAGCUUAGCCUUGCGGAUUCCAAGAAGGCCGGCGAGGAGACGUCGAAAGUCGCCUGUGUGCAAAUUGCGGCUUUUGAAGUCGCUGUUUACCCCAGCAAUAAUCCACUGCUCCAGCAUCAGUCUCGGUCCAACUUCGCCGUCGAACGCGCAGCAUUCGAAGCACGGGAGCAGCGGACCAUGGGAGCAGAAGCCAGUUCCGAGGUGCCAAACGAAGCAAACGAAAAGGAGUCCUCAGCCGGGCCUGCGGAGCCUGCGGAGCCUGCGGAGCCUGCGGAGCCCGCUGCGUCUGACGGCGGAGCUGGCCUUGGUGUGUUCGAGGCUUUGUCAGCUUUCUUUUCUGGCGAAGCAGAGGACCGUCCCGGCGAGUCGGUCGCGGUGGAUCCGCCCACGUCUGGAUAUCCUGAAGAACAAUCACAGAGGACCUCUUCGGAACCGGACGACGCCGCGAGCCCCACGACGUCUCAGCGGAGAGGCACUCGGAGGUGGACGGUGCCCGAGCGCCCGCCGCCGCCGCCGCCGCUGCCGGCGACGCCGCUGAACGCCUUGGCGCUCGCUUCGCACACCGAGCGGAGCGGUGGACGGCCAGGCCGAAGGUCAUCAACAUGGUAUGGUCAAUCACCCAUGGAUUUGGGCGGGCCGCCGAACUUUCAAGAUGAUGAUCCGCUGCCGAGGCCCGCGGUCACCGAGGCCUCCGAGCCGGAUCCUGACUGCCGGGAGGAGGGUCCCCUCUCGUUGAGCACACGGGUGGAGUACUCCGCCAUGCCCAAGGGCGCAACGAUGGCGGUCUUUGGCUUGGUGACCGUGCAGGCUGCUCAGGCUGCUCCGGCUUCCGCGGAUGCCCAAAGCGGUGAGUCCACGCGGAAGCCCAUGGACCUAGUGUGUGUCCUCGAUGUCUCUGGCUCUAUGGGGGCCAGCAGUAAGAUGGACGACUUGAAGGCUGCCGUGCGCUUUAUCAUCCAGGAGUCCACUUCCGAGGAUCGGCUAUCGUUGGUGACCUUCCAGUCCCAUGCGGCACGACGGCUUCCCUUGCGCCGUAUGGACCGAGCGGGGCAAGACGAAGCCACAGUGGCGACGCUCCGCAUGUCCUCAGGAGGUGGGACACGAAUCGCCAGUGGCUUGGAACUGGGCUUGCAAAUCUUGGAACAGAGGCGCCAGCGGAACAAGGUUUGUGCGAUUUUGCUGCUGACCGAUGGGCAGGACGGCAGUUGCCGCGGGCCGAUGUCACAACUCUUGCAGCGAGCCUCAAAGAUGGGCUGCGGGAUCUAUCCCUUCGGCUUUGGUUCGGAUCACGACUCGGUGCUGCUGCGGGACAUCUCGGAGCGCGCCAAGACGCCCUUCACCUACGUGGAGGAGACCUCGACCAUCAAGGAGGCCUUUGCCGGGGUGGUGGGCGGCUUAAGCAGCAUCGUUGCACAGCGGGUGCAGCUGACCUUGACUUGCCCCGCGCGACUGAAGGAGAUCAAUACACCCUUUGAAGUGCGACGUGAGGGUGACCAGAAAGCCAUCGUGACCAUCCCAGACAUCUUCGCCGAGGAGCGGAGAGAUCUCCUGGUGGAGUUAGAAGUCUCUGCCAAUGCGGAGGAGACUGUGCUCCUGGAGGCCUGCGCUCGAUACCUGGCGGUACGAGAACAGGAGGUGCUGGUUCAGACACCAGUGGUCACCAUGACUGUUCAACGUGUCGAUGAACCACAGCCCGAGAUGGAGCCCGACUCGGAGGUCUAUGAGCAACGACAACGCUGGGAGGUGAGUCAAGUGAUGGAAUUGGCUUCCAGAAGUGCUGAUCAAGGGCAACUUGAGGAGGCCCGCGAGUUGUUGCGCAGCAAGCGGCGCACCUUGGCGGGCGGCCGCUCCACCGUCCUCACCGAGGCCUUGACGGUGGAGUUGGAGGACGCCGAGUCGAGGAUGCGGAACCUGGGAUCGUGGACUCUGGGCUCAGCAGAGGUGCGCGAUGCCAUGACCAUGCACCAGAUGCAGCGGACCACCAACAUGACGGCCAGCAUGUCUUGGAGGGGGGAGACGAAGUCUUCGAAGACCCUGUACGCCUCGUCGAUCCAAGCGGAGCGCAUCCGCCGGAGCACCGUCGUCGGCUUCGACGGCUCAUCUCUUCCGUCGCAUGCGGCGAGAGACGGACGAGGACCUCCGCCGCCGCCGUCAGGAGACCGCGCACGUGCACACACUGUUUGUAUGUCGGCCCCCGCGACGGCACCAGCUGCCACGGCACCAGCCGCAGCGUCAACAGCCGCACCAGCCGCGGCUGGCUCUAGUUCUGGGACCAGCGAGUCCCGGUGAGCACCAGGUGAGACCCUUUAGAGGGGAACGCUUUUCUUUGGUCUACUUCACAGUGGGCACCUUCAGCAGUGCCAGCGCGGCGGUGCGUCGAGCCUUUGCUGCUGCCAGCGGCGAGAGCGACGUGCCGACAGCACAAAGCUUGCAGAAGGCAAAGGUAAUGGCCAAGUGUUGAACAAUGUGAUGGGCAGUGAUGUUGAAAAAAGGUAUGCGAUUUCGCACGCGAUGGCCAGCAAGGUAGAAUCAGAAUUUUACAAUGACACCAUGUUGGACUCUCCAAGAGGAGGUUGGUGGAAGUUGUUGGACAGGUGAACAAAAUGGGCAGAUCGAAUUGGGCUAGAAAGCACCAAUCCGGGAGGGUCCGCUGGGUGGAGAAUUCGAACCGCCUUGGCACGUUGAUCCAAGUUGAUCCAAGCCGAUCAUUUCCACAAGAAUGUCCAGUGGAGCCCAAGGAAUCGAU